AUGACGACCCCCAUUGUACACCUGCGCGACGUGAAGAAGCGCCCGCGCUUCCUCGCCCUCUGGGAGAAGAGGCGAAAUUCGAAGGAAGUGCACUGGGCUAUCGAAUGCUUCGCUGAGAUGUUGGGCGUCUUUCUCUACGUUUAUUUCGGAGUUGGCUCCACCGCUGGCUUCGUUAUUGGAAACAUCCUCAACCAGCCUAUGUCAAGCCUCUUUCAAGUCGGAAUGGCAUAUGCCGUUGGCAUCUUGUUUGCUCUUGGCGUCUUCGUCUUCAAAGGCUUCCCGAAGCUCAAAGCUGUUAGGUACAUCACCGCUCAGAUUAUUGGCGCAUACAUUGCUUCUUGGCUGGUUUACUCCCAAUGGAAGUUCCUGAUCGUUGAGGCCGAAGAGACGCUCAAGGCUGCAGGAGAAGCCGUGUUUGAAGCGACCCAGUUCACGCCUAAUGGCCCCGCUGGAAUAUUCGGUUUCUACCUGUUCCCCGGACAGAGUCUAGGGCGCGCCUUCCUGAACGAGUGGGUCAACUGUACCAUGAUCGGUCUUGUACUUUGGGCUGCACUCGAUCCUACCACUUACUUCCUGCCGCCUGCCAUGGGUCCUUGGGUCGUCGCUCUGACAUAUGCUGCCUGCAUAUGGGGUUUCGCUAUUCCCGGAAUUUCUCUCAACACUGCUCGUGAUGUUGGAGGUCGCUUAAUGGCGAUGUCCGUGUGGGCUGCUGGAGGGCGCUACGCCGCGAUCGCAGCGUUGACGAAUAUCCCAGCUACGCUGUUCGCUGUGUUCCUCUACGAGUUCUUCCUGGUCGAUUCAGAUAGAGUUGUUACUCCCCCUAAUCUUGAGGUCAUGAAUGUGCACGCCAACCACCGUAGGCUCCGUCAGGAGCAGAAGGCUGAGCGCCGUAGCAGCCGCGUUCAGAGCUUGGUUGAUCUCGGUGACGGCUCUGCGCAUGAGAAGCCCAGUAUCAACGCCUUCGAGCACACUCCAGGUAGAAACAGCGUCGACCGCUCCAACGCUUGA